GCAUAGGCUUCUUAUACCCUAGACUGUGAGUGUCUGUCUCCCCAACAACAUGUGGCUGUACCUGGCUGUCCUCGUGGGCCUGUACUACCUCGUGCGCUGGCACCGGGAGAGGCAGGUGGUGAGCCACCUCCGAGACAAGUACGUCUUCAUCACGGGCUGUGACUCUGGCUUCGGGAACCUGCUGGCCAGACAGCUGGACAUGCGCGGCAUGAGGGUGCUGGCUGCGUGUCUGACGGAGAAGGGGGCCGAGCAGCUGAGAGCCCAGACGUCAGACAGGCUGGAGACGGUGACUCUGGAUGUCACCAAGACAGAGAGCAUCUCUGCAGCUGCCCAGUGGGUGAAGGAGCGUGUGGGAGACAGAGGACUCUGGGGCCUGGUGAAUAACGCUGGCAUCUCUGUGCCCUCGGCCCCUAAUCAGUGGUUAACAAAACAAGACUUUGUGACCAUACUGGAUGUGAAUCUGCUGGGGAUGAUCGAGGUGACUCUGAGCCUGCUGCCCUUAGUGAGGAAGGCGCGGGGCCGCGUGGUCAACGUCUCCAGUGCCUUGGGUAGAGUGUCUAUUACAGGUGGCGGCUACUGCAUCUCCAAGUACGGCGUAGAGGCCUUCUCGGACUCCCUCAGGAGGGAGCUAUCCUACUUUGGGGUGAAGGUUGCUUUGAUUGAACCUGGUUUCUUCAAGACUGCUGUGACCAGUCCUAAGAUACUCUCUAAAACUGCCAAGGAUGUGUGGGAGAGGGCCAGCUCAGAGGUCAAGCAGAUCUAUGGCGAGAAGUUUCUGGCAUCCUACAUGAAAUUAACAGAACGAAUAGAAGGAAGAUUAACACAUGAUCUGUCCCUGGUGACGGACUGCAUGGAGCAUGCGCUGACCGCCUGCCACCCCCGCACCCGCUACUCAGCUGGCUGGGAUGCCAAGCUCCUCUACCUCCCCAUGAGCUACAUGCCCACCUUCCUGGUGGAUGCCAUCCUCACCUGGGGCUUUACAAGGCCGGCCAAAGCUGUAUGAAACCAAGACCGGGGUGCAUGGUUGCAGGGCAUUGGCUGCUCCGUGAGGGAGGGGUACAUCAGCAGGAGGGUUGUAGGCUGGGGGAGGGAGCUCUCCUGCCAGCAGUACACCUGUCCCACCUCUUCCUCUUCCUCUCCAAAGGGUCCUGUGGGCUAUUACCCAACACCCUGGUGAUAUCAGGAGCAAAGAGUUCUUCUGCUGAGGAGUGGGAACCCACCUGCACUUAUUGGUGUCCUGUUGGCGUGAGUGGCCACUCAAGCCUUGAAUCUCUUAAGUCCGGAGGAUUCCACAGAAUUGUCCAGGGUUGAGCAGGUGGAAGCAGGCUCAGUCCACACCUGCUCUGCAUUGUGCCUAGCCCCUGAGGUGUGCACUCACCUGGCCAGUGUGUGCCCUCCCCCAGGAUGGAAAUGUCCUGGGGAAGCAGGAGCACCCCUGCUCUGAUGACACCUGAGCACAUGGGCCGAGGGUGGAAGGACAACCCUCACCCAGACCCCUGUCCCCUCAGCAGCCGGCUCCUCAGGUAUUCACUGGAAGGUGGGGUCUUCCCUUGGUAUCCUGAUGGAAGACACAGAAACCAGUUGUUCAUUUGCCUUGAACCCACGGUGUGUGUGGAUUUUCUUGUUUUAGAAUAAACAUUGCUGGUUCACCCAA